AUUGGUGAUCAUUACAACGUAGGUUGGCAAGGAGAAAACAACGAAGCAUAGAUAGAGAAGACGCAUUAAGCACAACUAAGCAAGUUUGCAAGCAUCAAUAUACAGCACAAAAUAUUAGAAGAGCAUCUGGACUCAACAACCAAAAAGAUUGGGAACGUCGUCAGAUUAAGUUUUAAUUUUUAUCAAAAUGACCAAAUCAGAAAUGAAUUGGGAGGACAAUGUCGACAGCACAUAUGCUAGCGAUUUAGCAAGACGAUUUGCCAUUGAAGAUCUGGCAAUGCAAUACAGAACCUCUCUAACAAAAGCUGAGAAGAUCCUUUCAUCUGGUAUGAAAGAUGAAGAAAAAAUGGCUUGGGAGACCCCUCAAGAUCCGUCGGAAGAGAACGCUGAAAAUCAAACAUCGGGAAGAACAUGUAAUUUUUCCAAUGACAUCAAUUAUUGGCCAAAUGAAAUGGAAGAUGACAAUGAAAUUGACGUAGAAACAGUUGAAGUUGAGCUCGAGCAAACAGCACACUUGCAUUCAAGAAAGAGAUAUUUCCAAGACUGUCAUCUUGUUCCUUCUACGCAAAAAUUCCAUAACCUUAGCACAGUACCCAAUCAUUCAUCAACAUUGUUUAAAAACAGUUACGUCAACCAUUGGUAUCCUUCACACACACAUCCAUACAACGUCACAUACACACCCUCUAUAUCCUACACAUCCUCAUCUAGAAACAAUGGAUAUUCCCCCCACAACUAUUCCUUCAUCCAUGACCAAGUUAGAUCAAAUGUCCUUCGAUCGAAAGAGGAAGCGAAAAGAAACUACAGAUUCCACAAUUACGAUAAUACGAAAAAUCUUAUCGCAAACAAUGAAGAAUCUCGUCAAUACACAAGAAAUGGGAAAAGAUGGCAAAUUUUACCAAUGCCAGGAAUAUCACAAGAAAACACUAUACCGCAAGAAUUUGUAGCCUAUUGUGACACACAACAAGAAUUUGUAACCAGCAAUGAAAAAAGCCAAGCAGUCGUACCCCCAGAAGAGAGCUUGCGCAGUUUAACAUUUAAGGAAGAAAAACAACAAGCACGGAAACUCACGGAAGAAAGACCACAGAUAUUUUAUUUGGAGCAGAAACGCCGGCAAUAUGCGAGAGACGACCCCGAAGCUACACUCCACCCAGUGCUAGAUUUUUAUCAGCAACUAGUAGCUUUUAUUCUGCAAAACCUCGUCGUCAUAGCGAUGACGCUGUAACAAAUUACAAUCGUCCAAGUGUCAUUGUUAUGCGACAAUCCAGCAACAAUCUGACGUCAAC